AUGGAGUGUGGAAAGAGCUUUACUUUCAAUGCAUCCCUCAGAACACAUCAACGGACUCACACCGGUGAAAAACCAUAUAAACGUAUAGUGUGGAAAGAGCUUCAGUCAGAAUGGAAACUUUAAAGUACACCAGCGGACUCACACAGGGGAGAAACCAUUCAAAUGCAUGGAGUGCGGAAAGAGCUUCAAUAAGAGUGGACACUUCAAUAUUCAUCUACAGACUCACACAGGAGAGAAACCAUUUAAAUGUAUGGAGUGUGGAAAGAGCUUUACUUUCAAUUCUUCUCUUAGAGCACAUCAACAGACUCACAUGGGUGAAAAACCAUAAAUGUAUGGAGUGCGGAAAGAGCUUCAGUCAGAGUGAUACACUUAGAACACAUCAACAACUCACACAGGGGAGAAUCCUUUUAAAUACAUGGAGUGUGGAAAGAGCUUCCGUAAAAGUAGAAGUCUUAGAAAACAUCAGCAGACACGGAUGCGAGAAACCAUUUAA